ACUUAUGUUUGCUUUUUUAAUUUCGUUGUGUUGUGCACUACUGGGCCACCGUAGUCAAGAAAACUGGACGUUUUUUAUGUUCCCAGAACAACACUGAAUAUUUAGAGGGCGUUGUGUGAUUGUGGGUUUCUCCCGCGGUAGAAAUCGCGUUCCAGGGGGGAGAAAUGAGAACGGGAGGGCACCGCGAUGCGACAGCAAAGGGCACUUUCACUUUCGAGAUCAAGGGGGCAGGAGCUCAAGCCCCCCUGGCUCCCCCUGUGCAUGUGCACGCCACUGGCUGGGGGGAUUAUGUCAUUAAAGUGCGGAGUCGGACUCGUAUGAAGUGUUUAGGGUGCCAUUUGAGACAGGGCCUUUCUAUCGUGUUUGCCUAUGAAUGACGAUUGAGCAAAUCAGAGUAGGUAUGGGGCGGAGUGACAGGUGUAGCCCCGCCCAGUUAUGCAGGCUGCGGACAGGUGUACUUGCCCUGACUGGCCCUCGCAUGUCACGUGUUGUUUUUAUGAUAGUUUCAAUGAUACUUGGGAUUGGGAAUAUCCACUGGCACUGAUCCUGGAGCCGCCCCUAACUGUACCUAUAAAUCGAGUGUCACGGAGAAUUCUGCCCUUUUUUGCUUUUAAUGACAGAUAACAGAUAUUGGCUAAUCAAAUAAAUUCAUCAGCAGUCGGCAUGAAGUUUUCUGUCGAUCUUCAGUCGAGUUUUCAGUGAUUUUGUCUAUCAAUCGCCUCGGGAAUAACUGACAACGACACAGCGGCGCAGAUUAUUACAAAUAACAGCCUAUCAUCUUCGUAUGUUCGUAUAUUGAUAUUUUACUGACAUCCACAGAAAUAUGAAGAAGAUGUCAUGGUUCUUUGUGUUCUGUAUUGUCUUUGACGGUGUGUUUGGUGAUUCAGUGUCAGUGGUGGAGGGAGAUUCGGUCACUUUACACACGGAUCUCACUGAAAUACAGAAAGAUGAUGUGUUAGAGUGGAGAUUUGGAGCUGAAGGCGUCCUCAUAGCUCAGAUCAACAGAGGAGCCAAUAAGAGCUUUAUAGAUGAUGAAGCUCUUAAUCAGAGAUUCAAAGGCAGGCUGAAACUGGACAAUCAAACUGGAGAUCUCACUAUCAGAAACAUCAGAACUGAACACUCUGGACGUUAUGAAGCAACCAGCGGACAUACUCUAAACAAGAUAUUCAAUGUCAUUGCUUUGCCUGUUGAUCCAGUGAAGUCAGUGUCAGUAAUGGUGGGAGAUUCAGUCACUCUAAACACCGAUCUUACUGAAAUACAGGGAGAUGAUGUGAUACAGUGGAGGUUUGAACAUCAACACCCUCCUGUAGCUGAAAUCAAUAAAAAGAAUAGAAACAUCUCUAAACACGAUGGUCCUGAUGAGAGAUUCAAACACAGACUACAGCUGGACUAUUGGUCUGGAUCUCUGACCAUCAGGAACAUCAGAACUGAACACUCUGGAUUUUAUGAAGUCGACAUCAUCAGUAGCAGUGGACACACCAUACACAAGUCAUUCAGUGUGACUGUCAGCGGUGAAAUGAGGACAGAGUCCGUGAUGAAGAGAGAUUCUGUCACUCUACAGACUGGUCUUACUGAAAUACAGACAGAUGAUGAUAUACUGUGGAUGUUUGGAGACACUAUCCUAGCUGAAAUCUAUAAAAACCAGUCCUCGCUGGCCCAACAAUUCUAUAUAUAUGAUGGUGAUGAUGAAAGAUUAAGAGACAGACUGCACCUUAAUAACCAGACUGGAUCUCUGACCAUCACCAAAUGCAAAACCUCAGACUCUGGACUCUAUGAAGUGCAGAUCAACAGCAACAGACACCUGAGAUUCACUGUUACUGUCAGUGUACCAGGUCUGUCUUCAGUUGAAAUAGCAGGGAUUGUUGUUGGUGUUGUCCUGAUGAUGGUGCUUGCAGCUGUUGGGAUUUGCUAUCGCCACAAGAUCUCUAAACUGAUACGUAAACUGCAUAAUAGUAUGGCUGAUACAAAUACAGUGACGCCACUAUCAUUGCUUAAAGGAGAGGAUGUCACCCUAAACACUGAUGCUGAACUACAGACAGAUGAUCAGAUUCUGUGGAUGUUUGGAAACUCUCCUAUAGCUAAAAUCAAAAGAGGAGAUAACUUUACAUAUGAUGGUCCUGAUGGGAGAUUCAAAGACAGACUGAAGCUGGAUCAUCAGACUGGAUCUCUGACCAUCACAAACACCAGAACCACAGACUCUGGAGAAUAUAAACUGAAGAUCAGUGGAAGUGGAAAACCCUCAUUCAAGAGAUUCAGUGUUUCUGUCUUUGAUGAGGUAAAGCUAGUGAUGGAGGGAGAAUCCGUCACAAUGAACUCCAAUACUAAACUACAGUCAGAUGAUGUGAUCCUGUGGAUGUUUGGAGACAAAGACACUGUCAUAGCUGAAACCAAAGGAGGGACCAGAGGGACCACUACACAUCAUGGUCCUGAUGGGAGAUUCAGAGGCAGACUGAAGCUGGAUCAUCAGACUGGAUCUCUGACCAUCACAAACAUCACAAACACAGACUCUGGCCUGUAUAAACUACAGAUCAACAGAAGUAGACAAAACUCAUUCAAGUUUUGCAAUGUUUCUGUCUCUGAUCCCACUGCAUCCGGAAGUAUGCCAGAGGAAAAUCAUUUAUUGCAGUCGGUAUAUUCAAGCAACAACUCUUCCAUUGGUUUAGUGUAAUACUGUCAUCAGUUCCAGUGUUAUGGAUCAACAUGAGGAUGGUCUUACGCUGAUGAUACUCAGCCCUAUUUUUCUUCGCACCCUGAUGAAACUUACCAAGUCACAAAAUUAACGGAAUGCAUAGCUGAUUGGAUAAAACAAAAUUGGAUGAUUAGUAGUUGUAUGGAAGUAUGACCAUAUUAGCCCAGUUCUGUCAUCACUGCAUUGGCUUCCUGUUAAACAUCGUAUAGAUUUUAAAAUCUUGUUAAUUACUUACAAAGCACUAAAUGGUUUAGCCCCCCAGUACCUG